GUCAUUAUGUCAUAUUCUCGGCCGUUGAGAAAACGGCAAGCGCCUUAAUUCGCUCGUGUCUCUUUCGUGUAGCGCACAGAAGGAUAGGCGACACCGGAAACGCCAAAGGACACAAGACGAACCAUGGGCACCGAAAACGAGUACAAGGUUGUGCUUCUCGGAGAAGGCCGAGUCGGGAAGACAUCCCUCAUUCUCCGCUAUGUUCAUGACAAGUUCAACGACAGACUCGAUCGAACUGUCAACGCUUCAUAUCUGACAAAAACAGUAGCUCUAGGGAUGAAACGAGUCGACUUGGCGAUAUGGGACACUGCCGGGCAGGAGAUGUUCCAUGCGCUGGGACCUCUAUACUACAGAGAUUCGCAAGGUGCAAUCUUAGUUUACGACAUCACCGAUGAGGAUUCUUUCCGAAAAGUGAAAAAUUGGGUGAAGGAACUCAAGAAAAUGCUCGGGAACGAGGUGGUUCUCGUGGUGAUAGGCAAUAAGAGCGAUCUAGAAAGCGAGCGAUCGGUCCCCUUGCAUGAGGCGGAAUCAUAUGCGAAAUCUGUUGGAGCAGCUCAUUUUCUGACUUCUGCUAAGCUCAAUAGGGGUAUAACCGAAGUGUUCCUGCACUUGUGCAAGGAAAUGAUUAUGAAGCGAGCUCGUGACGGCGCCAGACGGCAAUCGACCGGUGCAGGUGCUCAACGAAACCGCUUGCAGGUCGAGACAUCGGACGAUAACGCUGAACCCACGCGUACCAACAAAUGCUGCUCAUUGAUUUAAAAAUAAGCUUUUAAUGUAAAAUAAGAACAUGUGUAAAGAGAGUGUUAAAACUGAAAAACGUAACAUUUACGAUUCCACGAGAGGCGGCGACUCAAGUUCGAGAAGGCCGUCUAUCUAGUCAACUCAUUCCAGAGGUCCACGCUCGGAAUCCAUGAACAGUGAAAGCGGGAAUUAGCUGUAUCGAACGGAUUUUAUUCAUGAUCGGCUCGUUCCUCGCUGGACUGAGACGCAAUGGGUAUAGACAGAGCCGGUCGGCGUGAAGAUUUUACCGUCGACAGAGUGAUCAUUGAUCAUAUAUAUUUUUCGAUGGAAGAUGCGUGUUGCAGUGAGCGACAAAACGCCUUAGAUACACUACUUGUUGAAAAACGGAUCGACGCCAACGUGCGAUCGUUCCUUCAUAACGUAUACAUACAGAAUCAGUUGCCUGUUUGCCUGACGACCGAACGAGUGGAUUGUGAUUACUGUCGCUGGAGAGGAGG